GACCUAUUUUUUAGCCUGGUGGGCCUGUGCUUCUUUGGCAGUAAGGCUGAUUGGCAUAUUACACCACUUCCUCUGCAAAUAGCUGGUCUUCUCUGGCUUGCAAAUACAUCCCUGUCCAGAACUGGAGUUAAGUCCAGGAGUGCUGAGUUGGCCAGUUUAACAUUUAGGAAUGUCUGAGAACAGAAAGGGAUCCUGUCUCAAACAGUGUCAGAAAUGCCAUGUCGAUAUGAAUGGAGACAUGUUAGAUCCACAAGGCGUGUGUCUUCACUGCAAAGCUAAGGAGCAGCAAAAGAUCCAGAAAGGCAAGAGGGAUUUGGUCAUCACAAAGAAUGUAAGUGAGAUUAUGGAGACUGAGCCUGCUUACUCCGAGUUCAUCAGUUGUGAUCGGAGCGGCCGAAGAAAUGCAAUCGCUGAUCUUCAAGGAGAUGCAGCUGCCCUUAAGCUGGAGAACCUGGCCAGCACCCUGGAUGACAUUGCCCUUGAAGAAGAAGAAAAUCAAGUAGAGGAUGAUGACACUGAGAAGAAACCUGGAAUGACAGCUAACAGCCAAGACAGCAGCUCAUCAUUAUAAACUUUCUGGCUGG